AUGUAUUUAGAUUCGCUUCCAUUUUCUCUUUUUUCACCUUUUCUGUCCUUUACAACCUAUCUAUCUAUCUAUCUAUCUAUCUAUCUAUCUAUCUAUCUAUCUAUCUAUCUAUCAUCACUUGCUUGUUGUCCAUUUCGUUUCAUUCCUAUCUAUCAUCUUACAUUUCAUUCUAUCUAUCUAUCUAUCUAUCUAUCUAUCUAUCUAUCUAUCUAUCUAUCUAUCUAUCUAUCACCGCCUGUUCGCGUUCGCUAUCCAUCUCUAUCUUCAUUCCAUCUUAUUAUAUUUUAUCUAUCUAUCUAUCUAUCUAUCUAUCUAUCUAUCUAUCUAUCUAUCUAUCUAUCUAUCUAUCACCGCCUGUUCGCGUUCGCUAUCCAUCUCGCUUCAUUCCAUCUUAUUAUGUUUAUAUCUAUCUAUCUAUCUAUCUAUCUAUCUAUCUAUCUAUCUAUCUAUCUAUCUAUCUAUCUUCAUUCCAUCUUCUUCAUUCUUAUCUUAUUCUAUUUCUAUCUAUCUAUCUAUCUAUCUAUCUAUCUAUCUAUCUAUCUAUCUAUCACCACCCGUUCGUUAUCCAUCUUGCUUCAUUCUUAUCUUAUUCCAUUUCUAUCUAUCUAUCUAUCUAUCUAUCUAUCUAUCUAUCUAUCUUAUCAUUCUGUUUUCUAUCCAUCUCCUUCAUUAUCUAUCUAUCUAUCUAUCUAUCUAUCUAUCUAUCUAUCUAUCUAUCUAUCUAUCUAUCUAUCUAUCUUAUCUAUCUAUCUAUCUAUCUAUCUAUCUAUCUAUCUAUCUAUUAUCCAUCUCUAUCUGUCUGUCUGUUAUCUUAUUCCGUUAUAUCUCCUUCAUUCUUAUCUAUUCAUUUAUAUCUAUCUAUCUAUCUAUCUAUCUAUCUAUCUAUCUAUCUAUCUUUUUUCUUUCUGA